UAAACGUAGAUCAUGUAAUUCGCUCGUGCAACGACGUUACAUUCAGAUUUAAUUUAAUUAAUGAAAAUUCAUAUCCGGAUUCACGAGUCGAAUUUUAAUGUAGUUUUACGAUAACCGGUACACUGUUCAGGAAGGGUGCAUAAUACCGAGCGAGGAGGUCGACAUACAUAAGUAGUAAGGAACUUCGUGUAUCCUACGUCCUUUUAUUAUGAUUUGCCAGCUGAGAAGCUGGAAUCUAAAAAUAGAAAGUGAUGUAAUAAGGUGACUUGAGGGAUGGCAGAGUGUAACCAGCCGGAUUCUGGACUUCUCUCCAGCAGAGUAAAUACGACUGUUCACCUGAGUUCGUUAGAAUGUCCGAUCUGCCUUGACGAACUGCGUCAGCCCAAGUCCUUGCCCUGUCUCCAUACAUUUUGUGAAGAAUGUCUGGCUACAUACAUCAUACAGACUCAUACUAAAUCCAAACACACAUUUUCUUGUCCAAUAUGCAGAUUGGACACACAUCCUGUAGAUUCAACAGAAUCCGUGAAAAAGUGGGCGAGACGUUUUCCUACAAAUAAUCUGAUUAAGGAACUCAUGCUAACAAAACGGCAAACGAACCAAUCAAAGUGCUGUGAUCCAUGCAAGAACAAAGGAAAUGUAAACGUACCGGCGGAUUUUUGGUGCGAUGGGAUGGGAUCUUUCUUCUGCUCAAAAUGUAAAUCUGAUCACCAUGAUCCAAUACACACAACUUGUUAUAUUGUCCCCAUUACCAAUACAGACAGAGAACAACCGGACCAAGAAGGUAUGUACCCGGAAUGUGCUCAACACAUAAAGAAAAUGAAAUUAUUUUGUGAAAAUCAUCAGACAUUAACGUGUAGUCAGUGUGUAGCAAUAUUUCAUACGCGAUGUCAGACUGUUUACACCACCAAACAUUACGCUGAAAAAUUACAAACUGAACAUAAGCUGACUUCCACGCGGGCUACGUUGAAGGAACAUGAUUAUGCACUGGAAAAUUGGAUUAAAAAACUAAAGCGAGAUAUUAAGACGUUAAAUUGUGAUAGGGAAUCAGUCUUGAAAAAUAUCUCUGACACGCGACAGGAGAUCAUAAAACACUUGGACAUACGACAAUCAAAGCUAAUCCACGACGUUACACAGGCGUACGAUGAGGAAUCGCGUAAUCUCGAGUUGAAGUUGCAGAGCUGUGAAAUCCUGAAAGAGGAAAUCGCAACAACACAGGUGCUACUUGAAAAAGGCGACAAAAAUGACGAAAUACAAACGAUAUCAGUUUUUCAGCGAGGAACGUCGGAAGUAAGUACCUGCAUGGCGAUCACCGAGGAACUGAAAAGGUAUCGGACCCCUAUUCGUAUUACAUACGAUGUUGACCUCGAUACCAACCAGUUUGAUCUUGGGCAUGUCCGUAUUCAAAAAGAUGAAGUGACAGUUCCAGAAAAUUCCACAAGGAAGGCAUGUCAAUCUCCUCAACAGGAAAUAGAUGCUACAUUUCCAGUAGCAGGAAGACAUGAAAGGAAACGGAUGAGCGAGGCGCGUGCAAGCAAAAUCAAAGAGAUCAGUUCGAAGUUUUUUACCGAUUCAUCUCCAUGUGAUAUCCGUGGACUUUUGUAUCUGUGCGAUGACCGGAUUUUGUUAACGGACCAUGGUAACAGCAAGGUGAAGCUCGUGACAGAAAAUGGAGACCAGCUGGACGAGAUUCAGUUCCCGGAUAGGCCUUGGGAUAUUUGUAGAAUAACCGCUACCAAAGUUGCCGUCACUCGACCGGACGCACGGAUUAUUUCUUUUGUUGAGGUGCGAACAUCCAAAUUGGCGUGGUUAAACAAGGAAGACCUGCAGACACAGAAACCCUGUUAUGGAAUAAUCUACUGCGACUGUAGUUUCACAUUAACAACGGGAAAGAACAACCCUCGUGAAAUCUACCGUAUUACACUAGCAGGAGACAGCACUGUACUUUAUAGUCCUAAGAUGUCUCCGAACUACCUGACGUACGACAGAAGUCAAAAACGUUACAUCGGGACGUUGAAGACCGGGGUCAAAGAUGACAUUGCCGUGUAUAGCCUUGUGGACAGGCGAGUAAGUGCUCUAGCAUACAGGGGAACAUUGACAGGCCCGAGUGGUGUGGACGUGGAUGAUGAAGGGAAUAUUUACGCCUGUGGUUUAGGGUCUAAAAACGUUGUGCAGUUGUCAAGUGAUAGCAAAAGAGCAAGAGAACUGCUUACGUCACUGGAUCUUGGAUACUCUUGCCAGCCAUUGGCAAUUUCCCUUUUCGCCGACAAAUUUAUUUUGUCUUUACGAGGUGUGGAUUUAGUUCUUGUGUAUCGGUUAUCAUAGAUAUAAAUCGUGAUAACUUUGUAUAUUUGGCCAAUUCUAUCCAUAUUCACGAAUGUUUUUCUUUUUUUUUAUUCACAGAAAGAUUAAAAGAGAACGAAUUUUUUAAAAAUAUAAUUUUUUGGUCAUUAACAAAAUCAGUUCCAUGUAGAGCCUUCAGUAAAACUAAGAGAAAAUCAUACACUGGACGAUAAUCAAAAUUGGCACGGAUUCUUAAGCUAUUCAGCCAAUUGUCAAAGGCCAAGUUCGCUUUGAGUCAUAUAAAAUUUCAACACCGAACAUUGAGGAUAAUCGCAAUGUCUAGGACUCGUCAGUUAUGCUAAGGGCCAAACGUGAUUAUAGUAAGCGGCCAGUUGGUUGUCGACAUAAUACAGAGAACCUUGCGCAAUGGAUAUUAACCAACCGAGUAUAAUUGUAAAUUGUUUUCCUUUGCGAGAUGAUUAAACCUAUAGCGUUUUAGAGUCGGGGGACAAGCAUAAGUUCUUAGUCGUGUAAAACAAUCAUGUAAAUGGUUUUCAGAGAAAUUAUAGGAUAUCGACUGUUAUAUCCUUUAACCUCCUUCACGAGAGGAUGGAACCUGUUGAUUUUCAGUCAUCCUCAUCAGGACAAAUCAUCCUCAUCAGGACAAAUCAGACAAAAGUUCUCGUUGGAGGAUAUACAUGUAUCUUUACAUUACAUUCGUCUAUAAUUUAAUUUGUUUUCAGCAGAAUUCUGAGUAAAAGGGCUGUGUAGCAUAUUCAUACUUGGCAUACUUGGUUUUCUUUGUGAAGAAUAGUGAUUUUAGUCAGGGGUCAUAGGUCAAGGAAAUAUUUAGUUAUUUGUUGUCAACACAACGAGGGUUCACAGGUCAACAUCACUUUAGGUCAUACACGUACAACAGCAUUGGCUAUCAACAUCAUUCUUACUAGUGUCAUCGUGGAUAAUCAAUCCAUACCAUUGAUUCUGCAUAUAUCUCUGAUCUUACUCGUAUUUAAAGGAUUGCUUUAUGAUGGUUUGACAUUCAUUGACAAUUUAGUCAAGUAACAAAUAUGAAAUAUGUGCUCCAAAUGCGGUCCCAUACCUUAAAGUGACUUUGUUCAUUAAAGUGACAUACAAGGACUCAGGGGUACCGUUUCACAAAGCUUCGUAACUUACGAAUUUUCGUAACUUUUGCAUCAGAUUUACGAAUUACUAAGCGUUUCACAAAAACUUCAUAACUUACGAACGUUCGCAUGUUAAGUUUGGAAUAAAAUUCUGAAUUUGUGCAUUUUUCAGCUCUUUCCAUUACAUGGCCUACCUGGGUACAUAUGGUAUAGGUUUAACAUGGAAUAGUUCUGUGCUACCAAGAAUAUAUUAUGUAUGCAAAUUGGCCAUAAAUGAAAUACAAAUGUUUCCUUCUAGUUGUUUUAAUAAUAAAUAUUUAAAUGAUAUAAGAUACAAAGUUUGUUUUUCAUCCAGUGAUUAUGAACAUAAACAAAAUAAAAGAUUUUAACAACAGUGCCAGCAAGUUAAACAUCCAGUGUUCAAACAUGAUAAAAUGUCGAGAACAAUUCUAUCUACCCAACAGGAGAACUCCAGGUUUGUCAAACAGAAACUACCAACAAAACUGAUCUCAAUUAAAAACUCCUCCAUAUCAUAUAACACACAUUUUUUUCAAAUGUCCACAACACAUGGACUAUGUUUAUUUGGAGUUCUUGUUUAUUUGGAGUUCUCCCGUAAGAUAUAUAUAUUACUGGAAUAACCCUCACAAUCCUUUGUAGAACUAGUAUGUAAUAUAAAACGUUGAGGAAGCUCCCCUCACCAUUAAAUGUUUAUAAUCUGUGUUUAUACGUGCAUUUCAUUACCAUUGGUAUUCUAGGACUCUCACAAAUAAUAAUUUUAAAUAUCAGACCAGAACUGAUGAAGUCUAUAUGUAACAGUAUCAAAAUCACUAUAAGUUCCUGGCAAUUAACUUUUAAACAGUAAAUUGACGGUUGACCAAUUUUCAUUUUUGUACAGAUUACAUUUUUCCUGAUGAGCCUUGGUUGGUGAGCCAAAAUAGAGUAUAAGUUUAUCGUUGAUUCAAAACACAUUUCAUCAAUGAAAUCAAAACUCCAGUUUCAUAAUAAGGACUGUUAAAAUUUGUACCAUAUUAUCAAGAUACCACAUAUCGUAUAAAAAAA